UAAUAUUUGUGUUUAUGCAUUUUGUACUGUACAUAGAAUAGUCACAAAGUUCGUAUGCUUAUUAAUUAAAAGUUGUCUUUAUGCUCCUUCUGUAAAAGUGCCUAUAUUUUAAUAAAUCAAACUGCAUUUUGGAGUUUGAUGUAUUAAAAUGUAGGCACUUUUACAGGGAAAUUUCAUGGAUGGCCACAAAGCAAGGUCUUAUUGUAUUUUAUUCAAAGGAAAUACUACUAAUAAUAGAUUUUCCAAUUAUUUUUGGCAAAAUUUAUUUGUGUAUAUCUGUAGAUCUAUUUGCAAAACAUAAACAUCAAAGAUGAAUAAUGACAAAUCUGAACAAGCAAAAACCUGGUCAGUCACUGUUGGAGUUAUUGUUUUACUGGAAUGAAACUAAAGAUAAUUUACAGAAUGACAAUGACAAUACAUCACAGAAUUCACUUUAUCCAGAACACAUUCCAACUUCUAUCUUUCAAAAAAUGUUGCUCACUAUUGGUUCUGCAACAAUGGCAAUUGCAGAUCCUUAUCGAGAUGAUAUGGUUGCAGUCUUAGGAGAAACAACAGGUUAUUUAGCUUUAAAAAAUAUACAUAAAAAGAUGCUAAAAGAUCCAGAAGGACAAGCUAUUCUUAGGGAUAAGCCACGAAUUAAUAGCGAAACUAUUGAUUUAAGGUUUUUACAAAAACUUCCAGACGGAACUUUAGGUCACGCUUAUUUUUCCUUUCUUAACAAAAAUAAAGUUAGUCCAGAUACUCGACAACCAGUUCAUUUUGUUGACAAUGUAGAAUUGGCUUAUGUAAUGCAAAGAUAUAGAGAAGUUCAUGAUUUAAUUCAUGCUAUAUUAAACAUGCCUAUAAAUAUGAUGGGAGAAGUUGUCGUUAAGUGGAUUGAAGGCAUUCAAACUGGCUUACCUAUGUGUAUUGCAGGUGGAGUAUUUGGACCAAUAAGAUUUACUAAAAGCCAAAGACAAAAAUACCUGAUGACUUAUUUACCUUGGGCCUUAGAAUGUUCGUAUAAAGCAAAAUUCUUUAUGAAUGUAUAUUAUGAACAACGUUGGGAACAGCCAUUAGAAGAUUUAUAUAAAGAGUUAAACAUCUUAACUCCACCAACUUUUAAGUAAAAGUUUUGAGACUACAUAAUUAUAUAUCAUUAAAUGCAUUGUAAAAAGAAAAUCAAAUGUUUACAAUAAAAUAAUUAUA